AGCAGAGCCUGGGCAGGUGACGGGCGGGCGCGGGCGUCGCAGCUGAGGGAGUAAGGAGGCUCCCAGGAACCGGAGCUGGAAACCCGGCUGAGGUCCAGCCAGAGCCCAAGAGCCAGAGUGACCCCUCGAUCUGUCAGCCAUGGGGGAGAUGGAGCAACUGCGUCAGGAAGCGGAGCAGCUCAAGAAGCAGAUUGCAGAUGCCAGGAAAGCCUGUGCUGACGUUACUCUGGCAGAGCUGGUGUCUGGCCUAGAGGUGGUGGGACGAGUCCAGAUGCGGACGCGGCGGACGUUAAGGGGGCACCUGGCCAAGAUUUACGCCAUGCACUGGGCCACUGAUUCUAAGCUGCUGGUAAGUGCCUCGCAAGAUGGGAAGCUGAUCGUGUGGGACAGCUACACCACCAACAAGGUGCACGCCAUCCCACUGCGCUCCUCCUGGGUCAUGACCUGUGCCUAUGCCCCAUCAGGGAACUUUGUGGCAUGUGGGGGGCUGGACAACAUGUGUUCCAUCUACAACCUCAAAUCCCGUGAGGGCAAUGUCAAGGUCAGCCGGGAGCUUUCUGCUCACACAGGUUAUCUCUCCUGCUGCCGCUUCCUGGAUGACAACAAUAUUGUGACCAGCUCGGGGGACACCACGUGUGCCUUGUGGGACAUUGAGACUGGGCAGCAGAAGACUGUAUUUGUGGGACACACGGGUGACUGCAUGAGCCUGGCUGUGUCUCCUGACUUCAAUCUCUUCAUUUCGGGGGCCUGUGAUGCCAGUGCCAAGCUCUGGGAUGUGCGAGAGGGGACCUGCCGUCAGACUUUCACUGGCCACGAGUCGGACAUCAACGCCAUCUGUUUCUUCCCCAAUGGAGAGGCCAUCUGCACGGGCUCGGAUGACGCUUCCUGCCGCUUGUUUGACCUGCGGGCAGACCAGGAGCUGAUCUGCUUCUCCCACGAGAGCAUCAUCUGCGGCAUCACGUCCGUGGCCUUCUCCCUCAGUGGCCGCCUGCUAUUUGCUGGCUACGACGACUUCAACUGCAAUGUCUGGGACUCCAUGAAGUCUGAGCGUGUGGGCAUCCUCUCUGGCCACGAUAACAGGGUCAGCUGCCUGGGAGUCACAGCUGAUGGGAUGGCUGUGGCCACAGGUUCCUGGGACAGCUUCCUCAAAAUCUGGAACUGAGGAGGCUGGAGAAAGGGAAGUGGAAGGCAGUGAAGACACUCAGCAGCCCCCUGCCCGACCCCAUCUCAUUCAGGUGUUCUCUUCUAUAUUCCGGGUGCCAUUCCCACUAAGCUUUCUCCUUUGAGGGCAGUGGGGAGCAUGGGACUGUGCCUUUGGGAGGCAGCAUCAGGGACACAGGGGCAAAGAACUACCCCAUCUCCUCCCAUGGCCUUCCCUCCCCACAGUCCUCACAGCCUCUCCCUUAAUGAGCAAGGACAACCUGCCCCUCCCCAGCCCUUUGCAGGCCCAGCAGACUUGAGUCUGAGGCCCCAGGCCCUAGGAUUCCUCCCCUAGAGCCACUACAGGCCUGGGUGGUAUAGGGCGUUUGGCCCUGUGACUAUGGCUCUGGCACCACUAGGGUCCUGGCCCUCUUCUUAUUCAUGCUUUCUCCUUUUUCUACCUUUUUUUCUCUCCUAAGACACCUGCAAUAAAGUGUAGCACCCUGGUA